AAUAAAAAGCAAUUUAGUUAAUAACAAAUUAGAAUGCGCUCGCGCACCAGAAGUCGCAGUCCACAAAGACGUCGUGAAAGGCGUGAGGAACGCUCUCGCUCCGACAGAAAUGUGAGCAACAAGCCGGUGCGCCGCCGGUCGCCCCAUCGCAGGAGCAGGUCCGUUUCCCAGGCACGCUCCCGCUCCGACAGACGAGUGAGCAACAAGCAGGAUCGCCGCCCGUCGCCACCUCGCUCUAAGGAGAGGGACAGACUUCGUCGCAAUUCACGCUCGCCCCAUUCAGGUAGAAAAAAUGAACGCGAGCGACGCCGCUCCCAGCAGAAAGUAUCAGCACCACGGCGUCGUCGCUCCCGCUCCCGUUCUCUAUCAUCGAGCAGCUCCUCGAGUGAGACCAGCAGUGAGGGGAGCAGCACCAGCAGCAGUGACCCCAGGUCCAACAGUGCUAGGGUACCGAAACUACCGCCCAAGGCUGUGGAUCGCUGGCCCAAUGACCGUUUCAGGGAAUAUAAUGAAAAGAGCAAAAAUCCCUUCAAAGGUUGGAUUUCUGGAGGCAAAAGCUUCAUGGACGAUCCAGCGGAGCCAUCUACCCGAUCAUCAAACUACAAAGGCCGUGGAGGCGGUGCGCCUUCCUAUUCUGACACCAGAGCUGGCGAUGCUCGUCGCGAACAACGUGUACGCAUUGGCGAGGAGGGCGUACCAGAGGUUUGGAGCAAGAGCCCGACACGGGCUGAGCUAGACGAUGUGAAACUUGUGAAGGGCUCCUACGUGGGUCCGAAGAAAAAGAAGAAGAAGAAGGGAAAGGGCAAGAAAAAGGAUAAGAAGUCAAAGAAGAAAUCCAAAAAGUCAAAGAAGAGAAAGAGCAAGAAAGAUUCGAGUUCCUCGGAAACAUCUUCAUCGGCGUCCAGCUCUGGGAGCAGCGAUUCCAGCGAUGAUAGCUCCUCCAGCGACAGCUCAAGCUCUGAAGGCGAGGACGGGGACGAGUGGCUGGAGAAGACGGCCGAGGGCAUUAAAAAACCAAAAAAGAAGUCUUCUGCCUCAAAAAAAGACAAGAAAAACAAAAAGAAGAAGCGCAAGUCUGACAAGGCUGCAAAGUCCAAGAAGUCAUCGUCCGGCGGAAGCAAAUCACGGUCCAAGGAUGGAGGCAACAACGACGAGGAUGUGGGUCCAUCACUGCGCCCUUCUGGCAGCUUAAACCAAAAGGAUUUCGGACGCGCACUGCUGCCAGGAGAAGGAGCCGCCAUGGCUGCCUACAUAGCCGAUGGCAAGCGCAUUCCGCGUCGUGGUGAAAUCGGCCUCACAUCCGAUGAGAUCGCCAACUUCGAAUCCGUGGGUUACGUGAUGAGCGGCAGUCGGCACCGACGCAUGGAGGCUGUGCGUAUCCGCAAGGAGAAUCAGCUGUACUCCGCGGACGAGAAGCGGGCCCUGGCUAUGUUCAGCAAGGAGGAGCGUCAGAAGCGGGAGAACAAGAUACUGUCCCAGUUCAAGGACAUGAUUCACUCAAAGCUCCAGGCCAAGGACAAAAAGUAGACGUACAGCAACUAUUAAUCCAAGGAAAAGACGGAAGUUGUAAAAAGAACAAAAACUUAUUUUCUUGUAAAAAUAAUGUAACAUUUAAAAAUAAAACACCCUGUUCCAUCCGCUGAAA